AUGUCUGCUAACCUGGGACGCCGGCUGUACGCCCAUAUUUGGGAAACAGCAAAUCCAUUUCUUGGUCGCAUACGAAUCAAUCGCGUAUCGGCUGAUGCUUAUAGCUCAAGAUUAUUCCUCGAUUCGUCUAUAACUCACUCACGACGAAUUUCUACACUUCCAAGGAAACCUACUCCUCUCACCAGGAGAUUCGCUUCUGGGGGCUUUUUCGUCCUCGGCGUUUCGCCUACGUCAGCUGUUGCGGAUACUACCACAGCAUGCAUACUCUCCUCUCCCAAAAUUGCCGCCCAACAUGUUUGGAAGCGAACUUUACAUGCAUCCAACGACCAUCGGCGUGAGAAAGAAGCUUCUCAAGAGACCCAUGAACGCAAUGAAAAUGACCAUUCCCAGAAACUCGCCCAAUCCGGAAAAGAUACAUCCACCACACAUUCACAACCCAAACCAUCACAAAACCCUCAACAGCCGACAACGAACAAUCGCCACUUGAGGGAUCGCUUACCACAUAUGCCUCAUAUACAUCGGCCAACCAAGGAGGAGCUCCUGGCCGCAGCAACCGGGUUCUGGUCACGCCUGAAAGUACGAUUCAAAUGGUUUUCUAUUAGGAGUGUUCGUCCCUACAACUUGGAUGAGAUGACUGCCUUCUUUUCGUGGGUUUUGCUAGGCCACGUCGUCUGGGUUGUCGUAGGAACUACAACUUUUUUCUCGCUUCUGAUUCUUGCGAUCAACACAGUCUUUGCUCAAGAAACAUUGGCGGGGUGGGUGGGCAACUAUCUCACUAAGUCUUCUGGAGUCAAAGUUGUUUUUGAAUCUGCAAUCGUGCCCAAAUGGAAAAAUGGCGUCAUCACAUUCAAGAACGUCUUUGUGUCAAAACGACCAGGCCAAGGUGCAGGACAUGUUAGUAAGGGCUCAUCAAAAUCUGCGGCAGCCGAGGCAGCAGCUCGAGGGGACAGUGGAUUCGAAGAUUCCCAGAUAGUAUCUGAUGAAGAGGAAGAUACUAACUAUACACAAUUCGAUUUAUCGAUUGAGACGGUCAAUGUGACACUGUCAUUUACCAAAUGGCUCAAUGGAAAAGGUCCACUUCACGAUGUUGAGGUGAAAGGCAUAAGGGGUGUCGUUGACCGCCGCCAUGUUUAUUGGCCGGAGGAAGACCUGGACCCUAAAUCCUACCGGCAUGAGCAUAGACCCGGUGACUUCGAGAUCGACUCCUUCAAGAUGCAUGAUCUGCUUGUCACUGUUUACCAACCGGACAACUUCCGUCCUUUCUCCGUGAGCAUCUUCUCGUGUGACCUCCCUAAGUUGCGGAAACAAUGGCUAUUCUACGAUUUCCUCUCUGCCAAUAUGAUGUCUGGAUCUUAUGACGACUCUUUGUUCACAAUCCACGCUCGUCAGACCCAUGGCUUCACAGGUAUCCGGCAGGAUAACGGGAUAGAAGACGAUGACAAGCCAAAUCCGUGGAAGAAACAUAACAGGAUUCGAGUUGACGGACUGAAUGUCGACCAUCUCAACCGUGGUGUUCAGGGUCCUUUCUCUUGGAUUCACGAAGGAGCUGUGGAUAUUGUGGCCGACAUCAUGUUACCUGCGGAAAACGAUGAGAGCUUGGCCAAAGUGAUGGUCGAUUUCUAUGAUCGGUUAGAAGCCACUGUCACCUCCAAUCGUUACCCGGAGCCUGUAUCUUCAGACUCCAAUCCAGAAUCAGAGACUGAAGACCGACGUUUCCUCGUCAUGGAUUUGCGCGUGCACCUCAACAAUGUUCGGGCUGUUGUGCCCAUCUUCACCCGGGACCUUUCUUACAUCAACAACGCACUCAUCCGUCCCAUUGUUGCCUAUAUCAACUCCAAGCGCACUUUCAUUCCUAUCAAUUGCCGCUUAGUCAAGCGUGUCGGAGAUUUCGAUGGAAGCUGGACCAUCUUUGACAGUGGCCUGAUGGAUGACCUGUCGGCUGCAACCUACGACGCAUUUGCCCGUGAUGUCGUGGAUGAUCAGGCCCGGAAACGGCGGUUCAAGAAAGUCGGAUUUUGGUCCCUUCAACUAGCCGCCCAGGCUAUUUUCAUGGGCAUGGCUGGCAACAUCGCCUAA